GUGUUGGAGUCAAGUCACCUGAAUGAAGAAAUGGACUGCAUUAGCUUUUCCAAAGCCAGACAGAGAGGAAGAGUAACAAGUGAAAGAGAAGUAGAGAAAGAAAACAAGCUCCGGGUACUAAGUCCACGCGGUGACUGUCAACGUUUGAUACCAACGCUUCAUUUCUUCCUCCGCCGCUGUGACGGCUUUUCUUGGACUUAAAAACACCUUGAAAAAGCAUCCCUUGUGAUUAAAAAGACAGGUGGGUGUAGACGGUUGUGGUGUCAGUUUGGUCUCCCAGUUUGGAGGCAGGCUGUCCCGGGACAGACACACACAUCUGCAUUAACAGAGACUAUCACAUCGACACAGAGACCAGCCCCCGUGAGAGGAAGGACUGAGCGUGUCACCAUGCCUGUGCGACAGAAAGAUGCUCAGCGAGCCCUGGAGCUUCUACAGCAGUACCGGACUAAACUUGACCAGAGGAAGCAGAACCAGAACCGGAGCAAACAGGGCGGCGUGGAGGAGGACUCGCAGCUGCAGCAGUCUCUGGACAGAGUCAUCGAUGUCUUCCAAAGUCAGCUAUUCAGUGCUCUGCUUGACAUCCAGGAGUACUACGAGUUGACCAUCCUCGCUGACAGUGACAGUUCUGUGGACCAGACAGCCGGUCCCUGGAGCCUCCCUGACUCCUAUAACCCCCCAGCAGAGCCUUCUCCCCAGCCACAGCCCCCCUCGGUUACCCUGAGCCCCCCAGCUAGUGAAGGAUCAUCCCCGCUAAAACCUCUGUCCCCCAAACCCAGGUCGAUCAAGUCCCAUGCUGCUCCAUUACCAUCCGGGACACCCACAUCAAAGCCAUCUUCCCCUACAACACAGUCUGUUUCACCGGAGUCACAACCAGCCAAGCUCAAGUAUCGUGCUCCUCUCCCUCCUGUCCAAUCAGGAGUCUCCAAAUCAUUGGCGUCUGAUUUUCUGCCCUCUUCUCCUUCUGCUGCCACAUCCCCCGGAGCCCCAGUGAAUGGUGUAGAAACCCCCAAAUGCCCAAUAAAAAAACCUCCUAGAUCAGCACUGAAUGGAACAAAGCCUCAACUCACUGCCACCAACUCUAAUGUUUCGGUGGCAAGCUCCACCUCCUCCACCAUUCCGCAGAGUGAUUCCACCUCUCCGGACCCCAACCUGAUGACUGUCUCGGCCCUCGUCUCCAGCACCAUCGAGAGCUUUGUGUUUCCAAUUUCUCAGGACAAACUCACCCCAAAAAGCGGCGGUCCUGUCACCAGCCCGGGUCCCAUCAGAGUCACAGACGCUGUCGUAGUCUCCACAUCACCUGUGACCACCAAGGACUCAGGCUUCGGCAAGGUCACUCCCAGCACGAGUCCAAGCAGCCUCAACCAGGGAAAGUUCAGCUUCAGCAGCCGCAGUCCCAGAAGUCCUACAGGGCCUUUGACUAAAGGGCUUCAUCUGAGUCCGUCCAGCCUGGAAACAGUUAAAGUCACCUCCACCAGCCUGAGCCACGGUCCAGCCAGCCCCCGGCCAGCAACCAGCCCACUGAUCCCCAACAAGAAGUAUCGGUGUCAAGAAGAAGAAGGGGCAUCACCAGGUGCCCCAAAACUCCACCAUCACCCCUGCGUUCUGCAUCAUAUGGGAGUAGCCAGCGAACUGAGGGAUGGAGGCACCCUUGGGAGGGAUGGGAGGGAAGGGGGGACCUGGAGAAGGGAGGCAGGGUAUGCCAGCACCAUGGAGAGAGAAAGGGAGCAAUCUCUGGGGAGGGACGGAUCUCUGGGUCACCACGGUGACCUGCGUGGUGCGGAGUUGGUUCAGGUGGCGGAGCGGCAACUGUCUCAGAUUCAACACGUUCACGGAUACGUGACUCACACACACAUCACGCCUGCUCAGGUAGAAUCACCCGAGGGUCCGUAUGAUGACGAGGGGUGGCGUCACCCAGAGGGGGAGAGGCUGAAUGAAGUCCCAGCCCCGCCUUUCUCUUCCCUCUAUUCUCAUAGCCACGCCCACUACCAGGCCAACCCCCCUCCAGUGGUGGUCAACACCGACAGCGUCGACACCCCCCCAUAUGUCAAUGGAACAGAAGCAGACUAUGAGUAUGAGGAAAUCACGCUGGAGCGGGGUAACUCAGGUCUGGGGUUCAGUAUCGCAGGAGGGACUGAUAACCCUCACAUCGGAGAAGACCCCUCUAUCUUCAUCACCAAGAUUAUACCUGGAGGGGCCGCUGCCCAAAAUGGACGACUCAGGGUGAACGACUGUAUAGUCCGGGUAAAUGAGACGGACGUCAGGGACGUGACCCACAGCGGGGCGGUGGAGGCGCUGAAGGAUGCAGGAGGUCUGGUCCGACUGUGCAUACGGCGCAGGAGGAGCCUCAGCGAGAGGGUCCUGGAUAUCAAGCUGGUCAAAGGGCCCAAAGGUUUAGGAUUCAGUAUAGCAGGCGGAGUCGGAAACCAACAUGUCCCGGGGGACAACAGUAUCUACGUCACGAAGGUCAUCGAAGGAGGGGCUGCACACAAAGACGGACGACUACAGAUAGGGGACAAACUUAUGGCUGUGAACGCCUCCUGUUUGGAAGAGGUGACUCAUGAGGAUGCCGUGGCUGCGCUGAAGUCCACUCCUGACGUGGUUUAUCUCCGUGUGGCCAAACACACCUCCCUUUUUAUCAAUGACAACUUCCCUCCUCCUGACGUCACCAAUUCGUACUCCCCACAUCAAGACAACCAUAUUAGCCCCUACAUGAGCGGCAGCCAGUCUGUAAGCCCCGCCCCACUGACCACGCCCAGAUACUCUCCGUUGCCCAGGGCGAUGACUGGAGAAGACGACAUCCCGAGGGAACCCAGGCGGGUGGUGCUCCAGCGGGGGACCACAGGUCUCGGUUUCAACAUUGUUGGAGGAGAGGAUGGAGAGGGAAUCUUCAUCUCCUUCAUCCUCGCCGGGGGUCCAGCGGAUCUCUGUGGGGAGCUACGAAAGGGAGACCGCAUCCUGUCGGUGAAUGGUGUGGACCUGUCCAGUGCAACACAUGAGCAGGCAGCAGCAGCUCUGAAGAACGCAGGACAGACCGUUACCAUAGUAGCGCAGUACAGACCUGAGGAGUACAGUCGUUUUGAGGCGAAGAUCCAUGACCUAAGGGAACAGAUGAUGACCAGCAGUGUCAGCUCCAGCUCCACGUCGCUCCGCUCCACACAGAAACGCACCCUAUACGUCAGAGCGUUGUUCGACUACGACGGCAGUGUGUCCGAUCUGAGCGCGCCCAGUCAGGUCCUGCCCUUUCAUUUCGGGGAUGUCCUCCACGUGACCAGCGCUGGCGAAGAGGAGUGGUGGCCCGCCCGCCACCUCAGCCCCCCGCCUCCAAACUGCCCUGAAGUCGGCGUCAUCCCCAGCCGCAGGAGGGCAGAGAAGAAGGAGAGGUCGAGGUUAAAGACGGUCAGAGUGGCGAGGUCUCAGGACAGAUCGGAUCAGGAUGAUAAAGAGCUGGUAACCUCUUGCACCAGCGAUAGUGAGAGUAGUUCCUCCGGCCAGGAGGAGACCCUCCUCACAUACCAGCCUGUCAUGCAACUGGAAGUUACUUACACCCGACCAGUCAUAGUGCUUGGACCAAUGAAAGACCGGAUCAACGAUGACCUCAUCUCCGAGUUCCCUGACAAGUUUGGCUCCUGCGUCCCACACACAACGCGGCCGCGGCGAGACUACGAGGUGGACGGCAGAGACUACCACUUCAUGGCCUCCAGAGAGGUCAUGGAGCAGGAGAUCCAGGAACACAAGUUCAUCGAGGCAGGACAGUACAACAACCACCUGUAUGGGACCAGCAUACAGUCGGUCAAAGAGGUCGCUGAUAAGGGUAAACACUGCAUACUGGAUGUAUCAGGGAAUGCGAUAAAGCGUCUCCAGUUGGCAGGCCUUCAUCCCAUCGCUGUCUUCAUCAGACCAUGCAAUGUCGACAACAUCCUAGAGAUGAACAAGCGCUUCAAUGAGGAGCAGGCGAGGAAGACCUUCGAAAGAGCCGUCAAACUGGAGCUGGAGUUCACAGAGUUCUUCACCGGUAUCGUCCAUGGCUCGACUCUAGAGGAGGUGUUUUCGCAGGUGAAGCAGAUCAUUGAGGAGCAGUCUGGUCCUUACAUCUGGGUGCCCACCAAGGAGCGACUCUGAACAAACACACACUACAUCCUCACACACGUCACUAUUUCCACACUUCCUCCAUCUCUCAUUUUCUAUUACCAGCCUGCUUCCUCUCUAUCUAUCUCUUGUACACACACAUUAGUACACACACACAUUUACACAAGCACAUACAGUCGGACAGGGCUGGGACUAUCUGGGACUGCUACUUCCUGAAGUGGGAGGGGCUAAUGUCUGUCCAGCAGCCUAUCGGUGGAUCUUCCUACUGCUCAGUUCCUUAAUGUUUAAGGAGGUGGUUUAAAUCAUGGCGACAUGUACCAUUAUCUGAUUUGAUUUCAUUAUUGUUCUUCUUAUUGUUGUUGUCGUUGUUGUUUUCAUAUUAACGAAGGGUAAUGCAUUCAUGUAUGGGUUUGUAAUGAUAUUAUUGUCACCAAGAGGCAGACUUUUGCACGCUGUAGCUUUAAGAGCAUGUUUUUGGGACAAAAUCUUGAUCUCCUUCCCAACUGUCCGUCUUUCAUGGCAUUGCUCCUGUUAAGUCUUUUCUACCUUUCUCUCAUAUCCCAUAUCUUCCUCCUCCUCCUCUUCCUCAUCCUCCUCCUCCUCUUCCUUCUUCCCCUUCAGACUACAGACUUUAUACAUGAGGUGAUGAUUUUAUAAUCUGCAUCAGUAUUUUGGUAUCAAAGACCCAAAUGGAACUAAAGUACAAUUGGAGACAAGAAAACAAUAUUUCCUUUAAGAAGCAGCGUUUUGCAGUUAAAUAAUCAUUAGAAAGGUAAAUUAGAUAGCUUUGUAAUAAAUAACAUAUUGAGGCUUGUGGUGUGUUUAGAGUUCAUUUGGAGCCCUAAACCCAUGUUUCUAAAAUAAAAAGAAAGAUUCCAAAAGGGAAAUUAAAAUAUAAAAUAUGCUCAAAACAGAGACUUUUAUCCAGUUAAUUGUUUUUGAAUAUGUUAACAAGUCACUCAGUGAUGUGAACAAAAUGUAUCAUCAUUUCUCCAGUGGAAAUGUACAGUUCAAUAAGGUAUGGACACAUUAUUGGUCUGAAAUGAAAACAAAUCUGCUGAUGGUACACCAGAGAAAACAGACAACAAGGGUGCAUUAGUGCCACUUUGCAAGGUGCAGAUAUAAGAAUAUAUGGCAAGUGAUCGCAAACUGAAUCAAUGGCUGCUUUACUACCAAAUUUACACAAGAAGCAAAGGGAAGAAAAAGUAGUUUAGAAUCCUAUUUAAUGCUCAAACCGAGUGACAAAGAAUAGGCUAAAACUACGAGUCAUUUAUAUCAAUAGAAAUUUGACAAAUCGUUUACAUUUGUAAUGGUGAAGUAAUUUAACUUUUCGCAGUUUGAUACAGUUCCUGAAAAACUUCACUGAAGUCUUCGUCUCGCAAGGGCUUUUCUGCCACCCCCUCUCUCUUCCUCCUCUCUGACUCAUUGCGUUCAUCCCCCCUGCCCCUCCCCCCCUCCUCCUCUCUCUCUUUCUUCACAUUCACACUGUGACAUUAGUCGAUCGCUCCACCGUCAAUCAGUGUAUCAUCUUCUUCAUCAACACGAUCAUCAAAAUCAUAAUCAUCAGCAUCAAUGUUAUAACUCUCCUUCUUACUGUAGUUGCACUAAUGAGGGCUGGUUUCUUAAAAGCAUCUUAACCCGUCCCAGUGUUUCUGGUGUGACACACUCACCCUCCUUUCAGUUUUCAGUGAUUAUAUUGCUAGCAAACAAGGUCUGGGAACUCUUUAUGGUCAUUUGCUGUAUGUCAAGCUACUGUAGUUAAAGUUACUCAUCACCCUCUCGUAAACGCUACUGUCAAGGACCACCAAUGAACUGCAUAAGGUCUCUUUGAAACAGGUUUCUGUCAUGCUGGAUUUGUAUGAGCCUUCAGUCCCAGUGUGCAUGAAUAUCACCUGAAAAUAAUUGCAUUUGUGACCUUUGUGCUCCCAUAAUACAGGUGGACAAUCAAAGUGUUGCAUUUUUACCUGUUAUCCAGAAAUAGGUUGUUUUAUCAAAGGUGUUUUACGUCUUACGUUUGCCCACUAUGAAACAAUUGUGAGAAUGUGUUUUUAUUUUUAAUCCCUGUCUCCUGCUUUUUGGAUCUACAAUAUGCAACGUUACAGUACUAAGUACCCUAUCUGUACCAGCUGUACCAUUCAUGUGACCCUUGCCUUGGACAUCCUCAUGCAUCAUUAUUCACAUCUUGUAAAAAAUCUUGUGACACAACCCUCUGUUGGGUAACAGGUAAAAAUGAAUGGUUUGACUUUUCACAUAAAGCGACUAUAUCAAUAUUUUUCUAAUAAGAAUGUAUCAAAUGACACAAUGUGAAAACGUAUGACAAGGUUAACAGAAAAAUCACCUGAAUCUGCAUCUCUCCACAGCUUAACGUGAGUUUCAGUUUCAACUGUUAGCCAUCUGGCCCACCACUUAGCCGAUUCUCACUGCUCUCAUAGUAUUGUUUUAUUCUGCAGCACACAGCUGUUCUUAAUGAAUUAUUUCUUAAAACAAGUUCACUGUCCACUACCUGCUCAGAAUCCAACAAGAGGCUUACUCAGUUAGCAUCGAGCUGCUAAACAUAAUGGAGCAUGUAGCACCAAAGGAGCCAGAUAUUUAACUAAGGAGAAGGUGGUGACCAAAAUCAGAGCUAAAAGAGAGUGAUGUCGCAUCUGGGCUCACCCGACAUGAUGACAAAAUCUGUUAUCAAUUGAACAUUUGGAAUACCGAGAUGCUUUAGGUAACACAGCCCCUGUAUGGACCUUGUCAGCCACCCACUACUCAUCUCCACCCUCGACCCCCCAAGGCGAUUCCUCCAAGCUGACUGGAGACCAGAGACGUGCAGAAAGACCGUUCUGUCAUCAGAAUAGCUUUAAGACCCAAAUAAUAAAUUGUUUUGACCACAUGUGUUUGAGAGCUUUAAUAUUUCCUCACAGAAUGUCCGGCUAAAUCUCAUCGUUAAUCCUCCAUGACUUGUUCGUGGUGUUGUCAGUUGACAGAACUGGACUCUCUGUGUGACUCUGCUGUGUUUCAGCCAGGGGACCAUGCCACUGUCUGUUAGAGUAAAGCACCAAUACAAAGUAUCUAUUACAGAGAUAGAACUACUGUAUAUCUUACAUAUUAUAAUAUUUAUCCCUGCUCUAACUGCCUAUUUUGGUAUAAAAAAAUAAAAGU